AUGACUACUCUUCAACCUCGCAAACCUUACUCCCAAGAGGAGCUUAAAGCGCUCUACCCAGAAAACUUACAGCUACAACUCGUCCAGAUCCUCCUCCGCCACGGUGAGCGCUCACCAGUAUCAGCACGUUUCCAAAAUGCAGGGCUUGGUGCCUUCUGGCCGUACUGUGCAAUUGCAAGGCAGAUGGUCAGCGCGACUAUGGAGCCUGGCAAAUGGACACCUCUGACCUGGAGAAGGCGUUUGGAAACAUUUGGCAUUGAUGAUGGUCCUGUAAUAGCGACUGGGCCAAAUGGGGAGGUCGAUUCAGUCUGUAACUUGGGAGAGUUGACUGAUAAGGGAAGAGCGACGACCUACGCUCUGGGAGAGAGGAUACGCCAUUUAUACGUUGAUCAAUUGGGAUUCAUGCCCUCUACGAUUCAGGAUGCUGAUAUGAUCUACCUACGAGCGACUCCCAUCCCACGAGCAUUAGAGUCUCUGCAGCAGACGUUCUGGGGGCUGUAUCCUUCACAGUAUCGAUCUCAAUCGUUACCGCCAGUCACAAUCAUCACUCGGGCGCCAGCAGACGAGACACUUUUCCCAAACGAUUCGAACUGCAGACGUUUCGCUGCUUUGUCGAGGGCUUUUGCACAGAGGACUAGUGAUAGAUGGAAUAGCACAAGUGAAAUGGAGUAUCUCAAUAAACUGAUCGGCGAAUGGAUGCCAGAGAAUAGCAAACGAGUUGCGGUGGACUCCCACCCCAGACUUUCUGGUAUUAUGGACACCAUAAACUCUACUCUGGCUCACGGUCCUGAGACGAGGCUACCGAAAGAAUUCUAUGACGCCAAAGGAAGAGCUAUUAUCGAAAAGAUCGGAGUAGAGGAGUGGUUCAGUGGAUACAAAGAGUCCGAGGAAUAUCGGAUGUUGGGUAUUGGUGGUUUGAUGGGAGACGUAGUAGCUCGCAUGGCUGCCAGCGCUGAAGGAAGUGCAGAGGAUGGAUCUAGUGAAAUUGGAGGCAAAGAUGGCCAAACUGGAGUCGGAAGGGGUGGUGAAAAGGCAAUUAAACUCGGCCUCAGCGGAUGUCAUGAUACAACUCUUGCGUCAGUGCUCUCAUCACUUGGAGCUUUCGAUGGGGAGCCAUGGCCUCCAUACACUAGUCACAUUGCUUUUGAGCUGUUCAAGAAGACAGGCACACCAGUUAGACAGGCUCCCGCGAACCGUACCCCUAUCUCUCCUUCGACGGGAUCGGAGACUACAAGCUGGUUCGGCAGGAUAUUCGGCGGCAGCCCAAUUGCCAGUCAAGGCCCAGUUGGAAUUGCCCGAAAAAAGGUCAAGGACCUCCAAGAAUCCGAUCGUUCAAAAUUAGACGGCUAUUACGUUCGACUACGAUAUAACGACAAAGUCAUGACAGUACCAGGCUGCAAGCCAGCUGGCAAGCAUUUGGAAGGCGACCCAUCGUUCUGCACGCUUGAGCAAUUUAAGACCAUUGUUGAUAAAUAUACACCUGCACAUUGGAAGAAAGAUUGUCAUAGCAAUAUGGAGGUCUCGCCGUUUCCGCAGAAGCCGGAGCCGGCGGGGUAUUAG